UUCGUAGGGGGUCUUUGCCUGCAAAAACGCUCAAUCUGUAAAUGUAGUUCGUUAAUGUAGAUUGUAGGUUAUCCUUUUUUAUUAUUAGUUCCUAUCUUCUCCAAGUUCAGUUAUCUGCUCAAUCAUUCGUUAUCAUUAUUGUACAUUGCAUCCACAUCGGUGCCUUCAAAAUGAGCAAGAAGUGUGCUCGGUGUGAUAAAACAGUGUAUCCAAUCGAAGAAUUAAAAUGUCUGGAUAAGAUUUGGCACAAAAUAUGUUUCAAGUGUCAAGUAUGCAGUAUGACUUUGAACAUGAGAAAUUACAAAGGGUACAACAAAGAUCCUUAUUGUGAAGCUCAUAUACCGAAGGCUAAAGCUACUACUGUUGCUGAAACUCCUGAACUCAAACGGAUAGCUGAGAACACAAAAAUACAAUCAAAUGUGAAGUACCAUGCAGAAUUUGAAAAGGCCAAAGGGAAACUCACACAAGUAGCAGAUGACCCUGAAACGCUGAGAAUGAAACAAAACUCUAAGAUUAUCAGUAAUGUGGCUUAUCACGGAGAUUUACAAAAGAAAGCAGAAAUGGAACAGAGGCGGAACAUGACAGGGCAAAAUGGAGAAUCUUCUGGUUGGAAAAUUGCUCUGGAGGACUCGUUACGGACAAAGGAGCCAAAAUCAGAACUCGAUUGAUUGAUUUAGUUCAUGAAUAUGCAAGUACUGCCUCAGCUCAACUGCUGCGAUCGCGAAUGCAUGCUGAGAUGAACCUUGAGACAAAUGAAAGCAUGUGCGAACCAUGGCCCCUACAGAAAUGCGCUUACUCCCUUCUCUCAUAUCACGACAGCAGCCAAAGCGUCAAGGACAAGCGGCUUGUUCACAAGAGUCCUGCCCAUCGUCCGAGUCUUUAGAAUGCUCUUUUUCCUGACAGGAAUCCCAAGAGUUGUGAUGGCUCAGCUGACUAAACCUCUACUCCCAUGUUCAGAGCUAUCUCUACUCUUUGAUCAGGGGUUCGAAUCUCAUCCUAGUAGGU